AUGUCAGGCCUGGCUCUCCUGGGCCUCAUGGCUCUCCUGGGCCUCCGGGUGGGGGCCCCGUUGUGCCUGACCCAGCAGUUCCAGAUGCCGGGGGACUACGUGCUGGGCGGGCUCUUCCCCGUGGGCUUGGCUGAGGGGGGUGGCCAGGCUGCGGGUGGCUCAGGUCUGGGGUGCUCCCAAGUGAGGGUGAGGUGCUGGCCACCUGCAGCCCUGCGUGGCCCCAGGUUCUCGUCCGUCGGCCUGCUCUGGGCGCUGGCUGUGCAGAUGGCUGUGGAGGAGAUCAACAACGGGUCCACCCUGCUUCCCGGGCUGCACCUGGGCUACGACUUCUUCGACUCGUGCACAGAGCCCCUGGUCGCCAUGAAGCCCAGCCUCCUGUUCAUGGCCAAGGCGGGCAGCCGCAGCAUCGCCGCCUACUGUGACUACGCACAGUACCAGCCCCGCGUGGUGGCCGUCAUCGGGCCCCACUCGUCCGAGCUCGCCCUUGUCACCGGCAAGUUCUUCAGCUUCUUUCUCAUGCCUCAGGUCAGCUAUGGCGCCACCACGGAACGGCUGAGCAACCGGGAGGAGUUCCCGUCCUUCUUCCGCACAGUGCCCAGCGACCGCGUGCAGGCGGCAGCCAUGGUGGAGCUGCUGCAGGAAUUCCGCUGGAACUGGGUGGCUGCCAUGGGCAGCGAUGACGAGUACGGCCGGCAGGGCCUGAGCCUCUUCUCUGGCCUGGCCACUGCGCAGGGCAUCUGCAUCGCGCACGAGGGCCUGGUGCCGCUGCUUGGCGCCGACAGCCGGAAGCUGGGCUCCCUGCAGAGCCUGCUCCAGCAGGUGAACCAGAGCCACGUGCAGGUGGUGGUGCUGUUCUCCUCCGCCCUCGCCGCCCGCACCUUCUUCAGCCUCAGCAUCCGCUGCGGGCUCUCGCCCAAGGUGUGGGUGGCCAGCGAGGCCUGGAUAACCUCAGAACUGGUCAUGAUGCUGCCCGGCAUGGCCCAGGUGGGCACCGUGCUCGGCUUCCUGCAUCGGGGCGCCCUGAUGCCCGACUUCUCAUCAUACGUGCAGACUCGCCUGGCCCUGGCUGCUGACCCUGCCUUCUGCGCCUCACUGAACGCUGAGCAGCCGCCCCUGGGGGGGCGUGUGGUGGGGCCGCGCUGCCCCCAGUGCGACCACAUCACACUGAAGAAUGUGUCCACCCUGCUGCCGCACCACCGGACCUUCGCUGCCUACGCAGCCGUGUAUGGCGUGGCCCAGGCCCUCCACAACACGCUGCUCUGUAACGCCUCUGGCUGCCCCACACGGGAGCCUGUGCGGCCCUGGCAGCUCCUGGAGAACAUGUACAACAUGACCUUCCGAGUACGUGGCACAGUGCUGCGGUUUGACGCCAGGGGGAAUGUAGACAUGGAUUAUAACGUGAAGCUGUGGGUGUGGCAGGACCUGAUGCCCACGUUGCUCACCGUGGGCACCUUCAGUGGCCGCCUGCAGCUCCAGCACUCCCGGAUACGCUGGCACACGCCGGGAAACAAGGAGCCUGUGUCCCAGUGCUCACGGCAGUGCAAAGAGGGCCAGGUGCGCCGCGUGAAAGGCUUCCACUCCUGCUGCUACGACUGUGUGGACUGCAAGGCGGGCAGCUACCGGCGCAACCCAGAUGACCUCCUCUGCACCCUGUGUGACCAGGACCAGUGGUCCCCAGAUAGGAGCACGCGCUGUUUCCCCCGCAGGCCCAAGUUCCUGGCGUGGGGGGAGCCGGCCGUGCUGGUGCUGCUCAUGCUGCUGGGCCUGGCUCUGUGCCUGGCACUGGCAGCCCUGGGGCUCUUCAUCCAGCACAGGGACAGCCCGCUGGUUUGGGCCUCGGGGGGACCACGGGCCUGCUUUGGCCUGGCCUGCCUGAGCCUUGUCUGCCUCAGCGUCCUCCUGUACCCCGGCUGGCCCAGCCCCACCAGCUGCCUGGCUCAGCAGCUGCUGCUCCACCUCCCACUCACCGGCUGCCUGAGCACCCUCUUCCUGCAGGCGGCCGAGAUCUUUGUGAGGGCAGAGCUGCCAAUAAGCUGGGCGGAUUGGCUGCAUGGCCGCCUUCGGGGGCCCUGGGCCUGGCUGGCGGUGCUGCUCGCCAUGCUGGCCGAAGCAGCACUGUGCACCUGGUACCUGGUGGCCUUCCCACCGGAGGUGAUGACAGACUGGCGGGUGCUGCCCACAGAGGCACUGGUGCACUGCCGUGUGCACUCCUGGGUCAGCUUCGGCCUGGUGCACACCACCAAUGCCACGCUGGCCUUCCUCUGCUUCCUGGGCACCUUCCUGGUACAGAGCCAGCCCGGCCGCUACAACGGCGCUCGUGGCCUCACCUUUGCCACGCUGGCCUACUUCAUCACGUGGAUCUCCUUUGUGCCCCUCUUUGCCAACGUGCACGUGGCCUACCAGCCCGCUGUGCAGAUGGGCGCCAUCCUCCUCUGUGCCCUGGGCAUCCUGGCCACCUUCCACCUGCCCAAGUGCUACCUGCUGCUGUGGCGGCCGGAGCUCAACACCCCCGAGUUCUUCCUGGGAGGGGGUCCAGGCGAUGCCAAAGGACAGGAUGGCAGUGGGGGUGGGGAGGAGACUCAGGGCAAAAACAAGUGAUUCCUGACCAGGUGACCUUACCCCCAUGAACCCAGACCUAGUUGAGAUGCCCCCAAACCAAGUCUCCAUGCAGGAACCGGCAAACUGUGCCCCGACUCUGCUGAGACCCCCCAGCUCUAGAUUCUGGCCCCAGGCUGACUGCUGACAGUGCAUGAGGGGCCUCAGCCCCGUGGGUCUCACCACCUGGGACCCCAGGGAGUCAGGCUCUAUCCCCAUCCCAGCCAAGCCCUG